UCCUAUUCUCGACCAGAUUUCGCCCUGGAAUAGCUAGCAAAUCCAUAAAAGGCGCCAAAAAUUUAAAAUAAUAAAGAAAAUGUCAAAAAAGCCGAACAAAAUUCUUAAGGUUCUCGAAAGGUUGCAGUUGCACUUCCCCUGAAGGGAAGACCAUUCUGGAAGGAUUUUCGUAGUCGGAUCGCAGAUCGCAAGAUCGCCGAUGGCCGAUCGUCAGCUAGGGGUCCAGGCCCUGGAUGAAGUCUUUUGCAUUGCCGAUACUCAUUUUGCGUCUUUCUUCAUCUCCUCCCGCUUUCACCAAAUUCUCCCGUCGUGCUGCCUGCCAACGAUCGACACGGACACGGACACGAACACGGACACGGACACGGAAAUAACCACAAUCACGGAUCUGGAUGCAUCUACCACAGUUGGUUGGCAGUGCGCUGCAACCACAGCUAAAGACACCACGACGGCCGAGAACGGGAACUGGAAAAGCAACGGGCCCAGGACGAGCAUCGGCGGGCAUCGGAGGAGCUCAAGGGCCGUGCGGCGGCAGGACAAUGCGGAUAUGUGCUCCCAACUGCCGCACUUUAUCACCCUGCUCCUUCCAAUCGCGCUCAACUUGCUCCUCGCGGCACCUGCACACACCAUGACGAUGCGUACGGCCAGCGGCGGCCUCACGGUAAUCGAUGCCAACCGCCUCCGCACCACCACCACCAGCAGCAUGGCCAGUCCCAGUCCCAGUCCCAGCCUCAGCCUCAGCAUCAGCAUCAGUCCCAACAACCUCAGCUCCAUCUCCGCGGCAUCUGGGUCAUCCGGCUUUUCCUCGCAGCCUCGCAGCAAGCGGCACAGGAAGAGGAACAGCAAUUGGAUUGACUACCGAAACUUUAACGAGAGUACCACCGCCCUGGAGUGGGUCAAUCCCUGUGGGGGAUCCUACCAUCCCGCGGUUGGGGAUCGCUUUAACCGCCUACGACCUAGGCAGAGCUUCAAUCAGCUGAAGCGCCAUGCUUUCCGGGAGUACCGCGGACUCAACAGCAGCCAGGACUCGGUCAUCGAUAUCCGGAACAUGACCAUGUGGUCGCUACACACUCAAAACUACAAGUUCCUGCCCAAGCUCAAGCCCAACUCAACGAUUGCCCUGAAGCGCUGGUACCGAAACAUGCAAACGUACGUGGCCAGCUUCGCCUAUCUGCGGCGACUCCAGAUCCGCUGGGACCAGCGCUUUAUCACCCGCGAGUCCACCACGGCACGGGAGCUGAGGGAGCUGCUCCUUAGCUCUCGGCGCAUUCUGUGCGAGCUGGAGACGGCCGUGAAUCAGACCAGUCCCCGUCGAAAGCAUCGGCGCAGUGGCCCCGGUGUCGCGGCCAAUGGAUCCGCCACCAUGGGUGUGCAGCUGCCGCAAAUCUCGCGUAACGAGAUGAACAAGCGCCUCAAACUGCGCAGCAAGGGCACUGGGGGUCCGGCACCGGGUGCGGGAGCCAACACCGGUUCCAUGAGAAUGGCCAACGAGGCGGACUCGAUCGACAUGCGGUUCGUGAAGCAUCACUACUACGAGUUCGUGCGCACCAUGUGGCAGCUGCUCCGGCGUGAUGGCAAGCGGGAGAAGAAACGCUCGCAUCGGCCCCAUCACAAGCUGCAGCAGCAGCAGCAGCAGCAGCAACAGCCCCGAAAACAGCAGAGGGAGCAGCAGCAACAGCAGCCUGCGAAUCGGAGUUUCAGCCGAUCACGGAGUGAAACCAGUUCCACUUCUAGUUCCAGCUCCAAUAGCAGAGACUUCAAUGAGGUAUCCAAGCCUGCGCAGAAGUCCAAAUCCAAUGGGACCAGCCGUGGCAGCGGCAGCGGCAGCGCCAGCAUUGGAGGCAGACGCGGCAAGCGACAGUCGACGGCAGAGGGCAGACAGCAGAGGCAGCGACGCGUGCUGCGCACGUGAAGCAUAACCACACCCCGACCGAUACACCGAUCCACCGAUCCACCAAUCCAAUCAAACACCAUUUCAAACAUCCACCACCACUCCCGAAAUCCAUAGAUGGUAUAGUAUAGUAAAGUAUUUGAAUGUCAUCCCAUGGCACUCCACCUCUCUCUUUCACUACCGCCUGCGAACUGCCCCUGCCCCUGCCCGUUGCUGCCCGUAUCGAGCAUUACUCUACAUUUCAUCCACGUUAAGUAAUCAGUGAGGAGUGAGCAACCAUGAAUACCAGAAAGCAACAAUUUUCUGCUAGAUUUAAGGAGUUUUCGAA